UGAAAGUGUAACAAACAAAAAACAACAACAAAAAAAAACGGCAUAACGCCACAAAAGUACAUAAAUAUCUACAUACCCACACCUACUUGUAUAUGUAAAUGCCCACCUGAGUGCUAUAACUAGCGGAGAGAUACGCUGCUGUGGCAAGCAGACGGCGCAACGCAGCAGUCAGACAGUGGCGAAAACGUGUCAUGCAUUGGCUCGAUGGCAGCAUUUCCCUGGAUGAAAAUUUAAUUAGUGGACGCGUCAGCGGCGGCAGUAACGGUGAAAAUAGCGACAGCAAUCAAAGUAAAACAUCGUUGAAAGCAAAACGAAGACGCCUCGCCCAUUACAAGCUCAGCAGCAGAUUGGAUCGAAAGUCAUCACGUGGCAUGAUCUAUGAGAAUGAGGAACUGAGGCUGCGUACCAUCAACAUAAAUGCUGAGGUUGAACGAGGGCAAUCCGAUAUCAAACGCUUGCGUAGAGAGAAUGAACAGUUACGUCGUGAGAUCUGGACAUUGCGCGACGAAUGCGACCGCUUAAAUAAGCGCUUCAAGGCGAAAUUGCUGGAGCACGAUCAUGGAGGAUGCAAUGCGCGGCAUAGCGGUUGUAGCGGCGGUGGGCGCGGCAGUGGCCACGUUUGUGACAGUAACUGCAACAGUGAUGACUCAGAUUCCUGUGAUACCUGCAAGGGCAACGAUGAUCAGUGCAGCGACGAAUGCUGCACCGGUGGCAGCUGCCCACAACUGGCUACAAAACAACCCAUUAUUGAAUUUGCGCCUGCCACACCGUCAACUCCAACAUCACGUACAGAUAUGCCAAACCUGGCUGUCAACUGUGUGGGACCUGCGUCCGAAAGUACGCCAAAUUUACAUCAAGCUUUCGAUCAUCUAUCCGUCGUCUCUGAGGAGACGAUGAGCAAUGCUGAGCUGCAUACACAAGUGCCCCAUAAUGAGAUGUUGCACAUUUGCAUGCCCGAAAGUAGCGGUUCGCAGAUGACACUACCUAGCCUGGUCGGGCCGCUGACGCCACUGACGCCCAUCGAACAGGUGGCUAAUCAGCUGAAUGACCUACAAGCAGUUGUGCCGCCACUAUCUUACUUUGAGAAUGUUUUACAGGAUCAUAUGGGCUCCAAUAUAGGGAAUGUAGCCAACGCAAGCUCACCAACUUCGAGAUUAAUGCGCCAUACAAAUGGUUGGGACUAUAAACUGCAAUCGCCCUUCGCACAUCGCAAGAUUUCGGGUGACAACUCGCAGCCAGCCCUACAGAUUGCGUCACUUUCACCGAAUACCGGCCAACAACAGCGUCAGGCGCCUUCUCAGCUAUUGACCACAUUUGUGCCUACGAUGGUGGCGUCCACGUCUAGUAACGGGGGCUUAGCAAAUGCAACAGGUCUCACAGUAACAGCGCCCAGUCUGAUGAGUCAAGCAAAUAACCCCGCCAUAGAGACGGUCGCAAUCACCACCACACCAGUGAGUGCGCCGCCAACCCUGAACAGUCCGAAGCAUUUUUUUGCGCCACUGAAGCCGCGUCUAAAAAUUAACACAGCUUUGGCCAAUAAGUCGCUGAAUGCCACAAAUUCGUCGGGUGUGCCAGUCAUAAAUACAGUAGCAACAACACCGGCAGCCGAUCCGGAAAUAAGUGGGUGUCAAAAUUGUGAACCACCCGAUCUUUAUGUGCACAAUGCCUUGGCUGCCCCCUAUCAGCGUCAGGCUUUGAUCGCGACGAGCGCGGCCAACGCGGUGCCCCCGCCAGUGCCACAACGCGGUAGCUCUUCUCAAGUAAGUCCACAACUACGCGCUUGUGCGCAUUACCAACACCAACAUAUGCAAGAACGGCAGCAGCAGGAGCAGCAUAUCCAUCAACAUCUGCAUCCGCACCAGUACUCGCACCAGCACCAGCAGCAGCACCAGCGGCCACUGCAACAGCCACACACUCAACUGCAGUCAUCUCCAGUGCUGCAGCAGUCAAUCGUUACUAUCACAGUGACUGUAGACGAUGCUGAUGAGGUCGCCGCCGGUGCUGAUGCUAUUGCCGCCUGCAGUGACGGUGCGGCUGUUGCUGCCAAUGCCGGAUCUAACGCUUCUACAACGGCAUUAAUUAACUCGCCAUAUUCGCUGAAAGCAUCGCUUCAUGGCGCAGCAACCUUGCAAGCUCUGCUAUCGCCCGCUGCAAUGCCGGCGGUUUUCGUUGCACAGCCUAACACUGUAAUAACCAAAUUAAGUGAGCCAAUUUAUGCUACCGCACAAAAGCGCUGUAAAAGCCUAAUAACUGCACCGGCCCUCACCAAACCGCUGAUGGCAGUGACUAUCAAUCCCACCCAACGUCUAACACCAACACCAACAACAUCAAACAAGAGUAGUGCGGUAGCAACGCCAAUGCACUCACCGUUACCAGCGCCUACGCCAACAGGGGCAUUAAAAGCAAAGCUUGUGGAUAGUCAGAGUCAGACGGAGUCCGUCAACCUAGAAACCAUCCUCAAUGACAUCCAAUCCAUUUCCGAGGACAUUUUGGCAAUUCAGCUAGACAAGCGAAAGGGAAAUGAGAAUGACAUCAGCAAGCCGCUGGAGCAAGGUGACAAGAACAAGAAGCCAUAUCGCUCUGAAAUGAAUUUAACACUCCAAUACGAUGGCACAAAACAAGCUGCCACCACUAGUAACACCAACAAGACCGCUGCCGCAACUCAAACAUUACUCAGCAGUAGUGGCGGUAACAAUGGACGUUGUACGCGUUCACUGGAACGCGAACAUACCGAUAGUCCGUCGCCCCAUAUACCCGACGCAAUGGUGCCCUUCCCAGACAAACGUACCUAUAUCGGAUUUGAUCAGAUAAACAAUGAUGCGAGAAUCGCGCUGCCGCCUACGAGCGUUGCAAAUAUGCCGCGACCGCCACUGCCACCUAUGCCAGGAGCAGCAAAUAAAGCACAGCCCUCAACACCCCCUGCACGCGUUUUUCCAGCGGCGCUAAACAUACGCAGCGUGGGUAUGGCGCGCGCUACACCUGUAUCGAUACCGCAGCUACCUACCGAAGAGUUAGCGGCGGCUGCGGGCUUACAGACUGCUACGCCGGUGGGGGCAGGGCUUACACCCAAUAAGAGCCAAUUGUAUACGGUGAUAGCGAGCGCGGCAGCAAAGCGUGCACAAUACCGUAAUGCUAUGGCGCACUCGCUCGACGUGGACUUGGACGCCGCCACUGCAGCAACGGGGAAUGAUGCAAAUACUGCUGAUGUGGCGAGUGAGGCGCUGAGCAGUGAAGCAGCGCGACGAAAAGCACGACGCGUCUCAAUCGCUUGCGGCGAUUCAAGUACGCCAGAGUCACCUGACCCGGUGACAAAUCCACACUUAGUUCGAUCUCAAGCACAAAUAAAUUUAAGUGACGUGCAAGAGGGCGUUGCAACUAACGCCACGACCACCAAUUCCAAUACAACGACAACAACAACAACGAACACGAAGCAUUCAUCCAUCGGCAGCUGCACAGAUCUGCCAUCUGCGUUGGCUAAUCCAGCUCUGAGGAACCUCAAGCAGACCAGCCACAGCACACCCAAUUCACCACAUUCCGCGCGUCGGCGCAGCAACAGCAACACCAUGAGCCCAAAUAACGGUGUUGCUGACGGCGCAUAUCCUCCCCAAUCGUUGUCUGCCAAUACGUCGCCACGGCACACGGCCAACGUGCACCAUCAUCACACCAAUAGCAGUUGCAGCAAUAUUGUUGUGGCGCAUCAACGCAAGUCCAGCCAAGACUCGACACGUGGCAAUCCGGCAGAGGUGUCUGCUGUUGAGGCUAUCACGGGUCGCUCACGUUGUUCUCGUCGCCACUCGGACGGAACGGUGGCGAGUAAUGCGCAACGCGUCAGCGGCACGUCCGGCCACCAUCACCACCACCAUCAUCAUCAUCACCAGCACAGCGCGUCGGUGCUGAGCAACAAUCUGCAUCACAGCCAUCAUUCGCAUCAGGACAGCACCUCUUACUCGGAGCACGGAUCGAAUAGUUCGGCCUCGUCGCGGGAGUCGUCGACUUCGUUCAGCGUGCGUUCGAAUCGGCGGAAAAUCUCCAUUAGUUCGCACACAGGCGGCAAAAUACCGUGGUGCGGGUGUUGGGGCAACGGUUGCUUGUAGGCUAGAUAAGCGUAGUGGUGUGUGGAAUGGGGUUUCGAAUUGUAAAAUAUGUAGAACGGCGAAGUGAAUGUAUGUAGUACUAAUACUUAUAAAUACAUAUUUAUAUUAUAUUUUAGAUUUAUUAUUGUAUAAUCGCUUUGUUAUAAAAAUAGUAGUUCUAAUGUAUUUUAUUAUGUUAAAAAUUAGAUUAUAGGGCAUUUGUUUGAAUGUAGAAUACUCGUA